AGAGGCAGAGCAGGUGCCAAAACAAGACGCAGGGAGUAUGAGAAAAGGAGCUCUGGAGGCUGAAGUGGCGACCCAAGUCCCGAACCCUAGGCCUGGGGGCCGAGUCCAGCCCCAUGAUCGGCCUGGCUAUGUCAGAUCGUGGUUUAUCAUGGUCUCUAAGGCGUUAAGAUCCCUUUCACACUCUGGACCAAGACUCAGAAGAAAGGUGGUCUCUCUGUAUGAAAGCUUUGUUAACAAAUCAUUAAAAGAACAUUUUUUACCACCUAUUAUGGAAAAGGUUAUUUUCUUUAAUUUUUGGAAAGCUCCAUUUCUAGUGGAUUUGAAGAAACCUGCAUCUUGUAUUCCACACACCAUUAAUUUCUAUAUUAAACCUGAAAAUGGAAUAACUUUAGGUGUCUGGCAUAUAGUACCUGAAAGCAGGGGGGAAGAAGCAAAAGGGAAGGACCGGAGUUGGUAUGAGACAGCUCUUCAAGAUGGCAACCCAAUUAUAAUUUGUCUACAUGGUAGUGCAGAAAACAGGGCAUCUCAUCAUAGAAUCAAGCUUUUGAAGGUGCUGAGUGAAGGUGGAUUUCAUGUUCUGGCUAUGGAUUACAGAGGAUUUGGGGAUUCUACAGGUAAGCCCACAGAAGAAGGCCUGACCAGGGAUACCAUUUAUCUCUAUGAUUGGACCAAAGCACGAAGUGGAACUACACCUGUCUGUCUCUGGGGUCAUUCUCUAGGAACAGGAGUUGCAACAAAUGCUGCAAAAACACUGGAAGAAAGAGGGUCCCCAGUGGAUGCAAUCGUUCUAGAAGCUCCAUUUACCAACAUUCGUGAUGCAUUUGCUAAUUAUCCCAUAUUAAAGAUGUACCAUAAACUUCCAGGAUUUGUACGUUUGUUUCUGGAUGCACUAACGGUAGACAAAAUUGUCUUCCCUAAUGAUGAGAAUGUUAAGUUUUUAUCCUCACCUCUUCUGAUCUUACAUGCAGAGGAUGACAAGACUGUGCCUUUAGAAAUAGGCCAAAAGGUAUAUGAAAUUGCCCAUAAUGCAUACAAACACAAAGAAAGAGUGAAGAUGGUUAUUUUUCCUCCUGGUUUCCAACAUAAUUUCAUAUGCAAAGAUCCUAGGUUGGCAAUGAUUGUGAGAUUUCACAGCAGAGAGGCAGAUCUUCCCAUAGCAGAAGGGCCAAGAAAGUGGCAAGUGUCCUGGCCCUGGAUUCAGGAAGACCCAAGUUUAAAUCUUGCCUCAGGCACUUACUAACUGGGUAACCCUGGGCAAGUCACUUAAUCUUCUCCAACUCCUAUCUCCUACCUGUAAAACAAAGGAGUUGGAUGUCACAUUCUCAUCAACCCCUCUGAUUUUGACUCCAGGAACAUCAUACUACCCCUAGGAUAAGCUCACCACCAGAAAUCUCAUCAUCAUGGAGAAUGCUUUAGCUUGGAUAUGCAACCUACCCUCAAUUGCAUCCCUUCUCUGAUUCCAGGGAUGGAGUUCAGUGUAAAAAACUCCUCUCAAAGUCUCCCUUUAUAGAGGGCUCAGGCUUUUCCAGCCAAGUCUUCAUUUCUCAUCAGUUAUUUUUCUUGAUUUUGACUUAAAAAUAUCAUGCCCCGUGCUGUAUAUACCCUCUGGCAGCACCCCUCACCCCAUUUUGCUUCUUUUUGUGUUUUGUCUUCUCCCAUUAGAUUGUAAGUUCUGUGAGGGCAGAGAUUGUCUUUCUCCUUAUGGAUUUCCAUCCCUAGCACUUUAGCACAGUUCCUGGAACACAGU